AUGCUCAAUGUUCUUGGUGAAAUGGUUCGGGAAAAUAUUUUAUUCAAAAUUAAAAAAUCUGGAGUAUUUUCGUUCAUCAUAGAUACUACAAAAGAUGUUUCUAAUAUAGAACAACUUUCAUUAGUAAUUAGGUUUAUAAAUGAAAAUGAAGUAGUAGAAGAAAGAUUAGUUGCUUUAGAAAAUGUAUCAGACGCAAGAGGUAUUGGUAUGUUUAACGUUUUGUGUAAUAUUUGUGAAAAAUAUGAUAUUGAUUGGGAAAAUCAACUGUGUGCACAAUCAUAUGAUGGGGCAUCUUCCAUGCAAGGCCAAUACUCUGGUGUUCGUGCAUACAUUCAAGGAAAAAAUCCUAGGGCAAUAUAUGUCUGGUGUUUUUCUCAUAUUUUAAAUCUUGUUGUGGUGGACACUUGUGAUACAAGUAAGACUAUGAGAAAUUUUUUCGGAGAUUUGCAAUCAUUGAUUGCUUUUUUAAGAGCAAGAAAACGUACUGCAAUAUUUUUAAACCAACAAAAAAUAUGUUAUCCAGAUAAAAGAGUUUGUAGAAUGAAAAAUUUUUCUUCUACACGUUGGACAUCUCAUGGCCAUGCUUUGACAGUUAUAUUUGAAAAAUAUAAAGCACUCACUAAUACAUUACAAGAGUUAUCAAACUCAACUGAACGUGAUACAUCUUCAAUGGCAACAAAUUUAGUGUCUACUAUUUCUUCAUUCAAGUUUGUUACACAUUUGUUAUUAAUGAAAAAUAUCUUUGAGCACACAAAUCCAUUAUCCAUACAUUUACAAUCACCAUCAUUGGAUUUCAUCACUGCAUUAACUAUGGUUGAUAACUGUGCUAGGAAACUGUCAGAGUUAAGAAAGGAUCUACAUUUAGAUGUAUUAUUGGCUGAUGCCAAAAUGUUUUCCCUGGAAAAUGAACUGGAAGAAGUAUGGUUUCCAGAAAAACGGGUUCAGAGGCGGAAACUAAUGGCUGGAGAAAAAUCGAAUGAUGAAGUAGUAUCAAAUGCCAAGGAUAAUUUUAAAAUACAAGUUUAUUUCACUGUCUUGGAUCAAAUAUGUACAUCUAUAACUAGCCGAUUUUAA